CUUGUCAUUCCGCACUCUCAAUCCACCACUUUGUUCUUUCCCUGGCAUGCAGGCCUGCCCUUUUGUGGAACUAUAACUGAUAUCUAUGAGCCAACUAUCCAAUUCGAUACCAGCGCCCUUCGACCUCGAUCCUGUCCCACCGAAACACAUGCGUCUCAUAGACCUUACCGUGCACAUCCCAACCCCCUCAUCGCGCAGCCGGACGAGCACCGCACCUCAAAAUGGGACGCGCUCGAGAUGGGGCACUCCAGAGUUCAGGGCGUACACGGUUUUUGCGAUGGUCAUCGUGGUCAUAAUGGCUUGGAUCCCCAUCCAACUCAGCCUUCCUACGCAUCCCAACUAUCCUAUUUUCUCCAGAAGGCUUUCGCCGGGAUGGAUGUUCGGUCGCCCCGUCGACAACAGCGACACCCAAUAUCGCGGGUUUAGAAACAACUUCAUCCCGCUGGCUCUUGCUGCCGUACUGUUUGUCGUCGCAAGACGGGUCAGGAUGCGGAUCCACGCCUCGACCUCACCACCAGGAGACAACAUGUUCCUGCUUCGAUUCAACUUUGUUGCGUCUAUGAUCAUGCUGUUCGCUCUGCACGGCGCCAGUGCUCUCAAGAUUAUCCCUAUUCUGAGUCUGAACUACUGGAUCGCUACGAGUUUUGGGAACUCGAUGAUAGGACCUGUCGCCAGCUGGGUAUACAACGUUGGCGUGCUAUUUCUCAACGAUCGAUGCAAUGGAUACAAGUUUGCCGCGAUCGUUCCGCCCCUCGCGUUCUUGGACGAGUGGGAGGGGAUAUAUCCGCGAUGGCAUAUCAGCUUCAAUAUAACUAUGUUGAGGCUGAUUUCCUUCAACAUGGACUAUUACUGGGCUUGCAAGGAGACAACAAGUACUCCUGAGGGUCAGCUCGACGACCGACAGAGGCAGAGUGUUUCCCACCCAUCUACGAUGUACUCAUACGUCAACUACACCUCCUACGCCUUGUAUCCGCCGUUGUACUUGGCUGGUCCCAUUAUGACGUACAACGACUACAUCUGGCAGCACAGGAAACCUCUUGCUAUCACUGGCCAGACUGUAGCGCGAUAUUUGCUGCGGUUUCUGUUUGCUAUGCUGACGAUGGAAUUCGUUCUGCACUACAUGUAUGUAGUCGCCAUCAAAGACACCAAGGCUUGGAAUGGGGACUCGCCCGCCCAGAUUGCCAUGAUUGGGUUCUGGAAUCUCAUGAUUGUCUGGCUCAAGCUCAUGAAUAUCUGGCGGUUCUUCCGGCUUUGGGCGCUAGCAGCUGGGGUCGAUCCUCCUGAAAACAUGAUCCGAUGCAUGGCAAAUAACUACUCGACGUUCGGUUUCUGGCGCAGCUGGCACCGCAGCUACAAUCUUUGGAUUAUCCGGUGUGUAUCGAUUCGUUGGUGGCUCUCUCUCAUUAACCUGCAUACCAGGUACAUCUACGUCCCGGCCGGGGGAACGAAUAAUGUGAUUUUGAAUACGCUACUUGUCUUUACGUUCGUUGCGCUGUGGCACGAUCUUACAUUCCGACUGUUGGCUUGGGGGUGGCUGGCCAGCCUUUUCGUGGUGCCUGAGGUGAUAGCGCGGUACAUUUUACCGCAGUCGAAAUAUGGACACGAGCCUUGGUACAGACAUGUGUGUGCGAUGGGUGCUGUGUUCAACAUCCUCAUGUUGAUGGCGGCCAAUUUGGUUGGCUUUGUGCUCGGUCUUGAUGGGAUGAAGUUCUUCGUUCAACAAUUGUUUGGAACGGGAGAAGGAAUACGAUUCCUACUGGGCGCCUGUGUAUGCUUAUUCGCCGGCUCUCAUUUGAUGUUCGAGUAUCGGGAGGAUGAAAUGAGAAAUGGGAUCUUUAGGAGAUGUUAGGGUUUCUAUUUUCGUAGAAUCAAGUUUUAGGAUUGUGCCAUCUACAAUGGAAGCUGUCCCGUCUGAUGCGGACAGUCGCUGUGCCUGUAAAGUUGAAGUUUGCGCAGUGAGUCAGACAGGCACACAGGGCCGGCAAACCCCGCGGGGUUCCCAUGAGUCACUGAUGCUUGAGCAUCGUAGGCACUUGACUGGUUGUGUCAAUCUGCCUUGGGGAUCGGAGCGUUGAAUAUCGGCGCGGCAGGAGCGCGAGCGGCUGACGCGCCGUUGGUCGUGUUUUCAGCGGUGGCAGCGCACACGAGCCAUCAAUAAUCGUCGAUCACCGGACGGGGACCGAACGCCGAGGUCACGCCUGGACAAUCUCCCGCUUUUCCGUUUUGGCUUUGUAGUUACCCUCUCUUCUCCUUCUCCCUCCGACUCUCACAUUACAGCCAUGGCGUCCGAGCCAUCGUCGCCUCGCACCCCGACGCAUCCGGAGACCCAUCAGAUGCUUCCACUCUCCCCAACGCAGGCGACACCCUUUCUGUCUGAAGUCGGCGGCAGCAGCACCCAAGCAUCGCGCUCGUCGUCCUUCGUUUCCUCUCCUUUGAAUCCCUCGAGUCCCACAACCCCAGGAGCAAGCACCCCGCCGUAUCCCACCCGCCACGCCUCGUCCUCACGCCCCACAUCGCGGGGGAGCAGCAUGAACUUCGGGCGUUUCGCUGCGUCGCCUGACGAAACGGGCGUCAUGGGGCCCGGGCCGUACCCCUUCUCGCGCGAAAGCAUGCUGAACGGCACGGCGUCAUCGCGCGGGAGCAUGGUGCUCUACCGCUUGGCGGACGAAUCGGACCGGGCGAGCCUGCUAGUGCCGCCACGCCCCAUGGGCGGCGCGGGCCACAGGAACAGUAUCGCGUCGUUUGCGUCCACGUCGACGAUGGCGACGGACUCAAAGUACCCGUCUGACCACCAGUCGACGCGCGGUCUCGUGCCGUACGCGUACGAUCCAGCCGCGGACGAACUGGACCCGCUGGACGACGAGGACUUGGUGCUCGAUCCGGCACACGGCACGAAGAUGAAGGACGGGUAUCAAUCGCCGCGUUCGUCCAAGCAGCACCGGCACUCGUUUCCGUGGCGUGGCAUUGCCAACUUGGGGAUGCUGAUAUUGGUUAUACUAGCCCUGCUAGCGCUGUUCAUAAGCUACCCCGUGAUCUCCUAUGUCCGCAAUUCGCCGCUAAUCAGGCUCCUCGACUCGAACGCGCGGGUUAACGGGACGGGGCAAGUCGCCGUGCAACCGAACAUGCCACAGCUGGUGGACCCCGAUACGCCGAAAUCGGCGCAUACACGGACGGGCUUCGAUGGGAAGCCGUACACGCUGGUGUUCUCGGAUGAGUUCAAUGCUGACGGGCGGACGUUCUACCCCGGCGACGAUCCGUACUGGGAGGCCGUGGACUUGUGGUACGGAAACACCAACGACCUGGAGUGGUACGACCCGUCACAGAUCGUCACUCGCGACGGUAGUUUGAUCAUCACCAUGGACUCGACGUCGACGACAGAUCCCAGGCAGAGCGUUGGUUCGACGGCGCCUUUCACCGUGGAGGAAAACCACAAUCAGACCUAUCGCAGCGGAAUGCUACAGAGCUGGAACAAAAUGUGUUUCACCAGAGGUUACAUGGAAGUGUCACUCACGCUCCCAGGGCCGAACGCCAAUGCUGCGGGCUACUGGCCGGGUGUGUGGACCAUGGGGAAUCUUGCCCGGCCAGGAUAUACCGCAAGCACCGACGGAACAUGGCCGUAUACCUAUAACACCUGUGACCUCGGCACGUUUCCGAAUCAGACGUUGGCGGAUAAGUCCGGCCCGCCUGCAGCUCUCAACUGUCCUGCCUGCUCCGGAAAAUACAAGUUCGAGCUGAGCUGGCUGAGCGGCCAAAAGCUUUCUGCUUGCUCUUGCCCCGGGUCCGACCAUCCGGGUCCUGAUGUCACUGUCGGCCGCGGUGCACCCGAAAUUGAUAUCCUGGAAGCCGAGAGGAACAAGAUAGCUGUGGCCGGCCAGGUCGUCUCCCAAUCGGCUCAAUUCGCGCCAUUCAACGCGAACUAUCAAUACGUUAAUACAACGACGGCGUCUUGGCAAGUCUUCAACUCCAGUAUCUCGCGGGCGAACAACUACAGAGGCAGCGGCGUCCAGCAGGCUGUCAGCGGGUUGACUGAGGUGCCAGGGACCGGGUUCCAGGGCAGCGGGGCCGAUUUCAUCACAUAUGGGUUUGAAUACUGGAGUGACCCAAAGGAUCCUUCCACUGGGUUCAUCACGUGGCAGGUCAAUGGCACGGAGAGCAUCAGUAUGGGUGCCAGUGCCGUAGGACCCGAUGUGGAUUCCAAGAUCGGACAGCGGCUGAUCCCCGUCGAGCCAAUGUCUCUUAUUCUUAACCUGGGCACUUCGCCGAACUGGGGGACACCGGAUCUGACGACCAUGGUCUUCCCCGCAGAAAUGCGGGUGGACUAUGUGCGGAUCUACCAGCGCGACGGGGAGACCAAUCUGGGAUGCGAUCCGAAGGAUUAUCCGACCAAAGAUUACAUCGACCGACAUAUGGUUGCCUUUACCAAUCCCAAUCUCACUACCUGGCAGUGGGACAAGCCUCGGAAUUCAUUA